GAUGACGCCAUCGCCGUGAAGCCGGGCCGGAAGUGGGGGCCAGUUGCUCUCCAAUGUGCAGCUGACGGCAGCAUUUUCUAAUCCGCCCUGUUUGAGCCGAAUCCGUCACCAUCGGGGCCACCUUAGGCCGUACAGUGAACGUUUUGCCCUCAUUGAAAUACUCAGCCCCCCAACUGGGACCUAUUUGUUGACUGCCAUCUCUGCCAGCGUCACAAUCCGUUCAGAAUUAUAGAAGAUGGCAAAGUUCAUGACGCCUGUGAUCCAAGAUAAUCCCUCAGGAUGGGGUCCAUGUGCUGUUCCUGAGCAGUUCAAAGAUAUGCCUUAUCAGCCCUUCAGUAAAGGAGAUCGGCUGGGAAAGGUUGCAGACUGGACAGGAGCUACUUAUCAGGAUAAGCGAUACACGAAUAAAUAUUCUUCCCAGUUUGGUGGAGGAAGCCAAUAUGCUUAUUUCCAUGAGGAAGAUGAAACUAGUUUCCAGCUGGUGGACACAGCACGGACACAAAAGACUGCCUACCAGAGGAAUCGCAUGAGGUUUGCACAGAGGAACCUCCGGAGAGAUAAGGACCGCCGGAACAUCCUUCAGUUUAACCUGCAGACACUCCCCAAAAGUGCCAAGCAGAAGGAGAGAGACAGACUGCGUCUCCAAAAGAAGUUUCAGAAGCAGUUUGGAGUGAGACAGAAAUGGGACCAAAAAUCUCAGAAGCCCCGUGACUCUUCUGUUGAAGUUCGCAGUGAUUGGGAGGUGAAGGAGGAAAUGGAUUUCCCUAGGCUGAUGAAGAUGCGGUAUUUAGAGGUGUCAGAACCUCAAGAUAUUGAGUGCUGUGGGGGCCUAGAACACUAUGACAAAGGCUUUGACCGCAUCACUACAAGAAAUGAAAAGAACCUUCGUAGUAUCAAGCGCAUCUUCCAUACUGUAACUACCACUGAUGAUCCAGUCAUCCGCAAGCUGGCCAAGACUCAGGGGAAUGUAUUUGCCACAGAUGCCAUCCUAGCUACUCUCAUGUCUUGCACCCGUUCUGUAUAUUCCUGGGACAUAAUUGUCCAAAGAGUUGGAUCCAAACUCUUCUUUGACAAGAGGGACAAUUCUGACUUUGACCUCCUGACAGUGAGUGAGACUGCUAACGAACCACCACAGGAUGAGGGCAACUCCUUCAAUUCACCCCGCAACCUUGCUAUGGAAGCUACCUACAUCAAUCACAACUUCUCCCAGCAAUGUCUGAGAAUGGGUAAAGAAAAAUACACAUUUCCCAAUCCGAACCCAUUUGUGGAAGAUGAUAUGGAUAAGAAUGAGGUGGCUUCUGUUGCAUACCGGUACCGAAGGUGGAAGCUGGGAGACGACAUAGACCUGAUAGUACGCUGUGAACAUGAUGGAGUGAUGACUGGAGCCAAUGGAGAAGUGUCAUUCAUCAACAUUAAAACACUGAAUGAAUGGGAUUCAAGGCAUUGUAAUGGGGUAGACUGGCGUCAGAAACUGGACUCUCAGAGAGGAGCUGUGAUUGCUACUGAGCUGAAGAACAACAGCUACAAACUUGCUCGUUGGACAUGCUGUGCACUGCUAGCUGGAUCAGAGUAUCUUAAACUGGGGUAUGUGUCCCGGUACCAUGUGAAAGAUUCUUCACGCCAUGUGAUCCUGGGCACACAGCAGUUCAAACCUAAUGAAUUUGCCAGCCAAAUUAAUUUAAGCAUGGAAAAUGCCUGGGGCAUCCUGCGCUGUGUCAUUGACAUAUGCAUGAAACUGGAUGAGGGCAAGUACCUCAUCUUGAAAGACCCUAACAAGCAAGUCAUCCGUGUCUACAGCCUGCCUGAUGGCACUUUCAGCUCUGAUGAAGAUGACGAUGAUGAGGAGGAAGAGGAAGAAGAGGAAGAGGAAGAGAGCUGAACAUUGCAGCCAGACAGCAGUGACAACAGCAGCAGCUUCAAGGCACAUGAAUUAAUUUUGUUCUUAGUGAACAAAUCGAAGCUGAAUCUCAUUAUCUUGGACCAUAAGGAAUAAAAUGAAAGCUUAAAGAGUU